AAAAAUAACCAUGUCGGAAUCCGACAAGAUGACGAUCACGUGUGGUAAGAAAACCAACAACCCGUUCUUUAACUUCCUAAGAUGCUAUCGGACAAGAGCUGACAGGCAGCACAGAUCAGCAGUGGAAAACGCGGUGAGCGGAGCUCGCGAAUGGAAUAAAAUGACCGAAGAGCAACGUAAACCAUUCGUCGAGAUGGCCGCACCGUUUCUGAAACCAGAGGCUGAGCUCAAGUAUCCUCGUAGACCAUCGGUUGGCCGUAAAAGCAGACGUCGUCGAAGACGUACCGCCAAAAGAUCGACAACUCGACGUAGAAGUACUCGGCGAAGAUCAACCGCUCGUACCAAGAGAUCGACUGCCGGUCGUGCUCGAAGCCGAAGUAGACGUCGAACGGUGAAAUCGAGAGCGACGAGCAGAAGGCGUAAAACCAAGACUACGAGGAGUAGAACCAGAAAGACGACGACAAAGCGAAGGACCCGAUCGAGAGGUAGCAGAUCGCGUAGUCGAGCUGGUACUAAAAGGAGAACUCAAGCGUGCCCUAAACCGUUCAUCGAUCAGCAACAGGCAGCGGCUGGAGUUGACGACAAAAGCGAUUUGAGAAGGACAUCGAUGCAACCUCCGACUUGCCCCAGGCCAGCGUGCCAGAUGCCGCCUCCGACACCGCACACAUCGGCUACGGUAACACCUCAGUCGGCCAAUAGGACGUCUUGCGAUCUCAGAAAUAUGCUGACUAAGGAAUGCGAAACGUCUAAGCAGAACUCGCGCGAGGAAUGAUCGCUCGUGUCCUUGUUGCCUGCCUCCUCCUACCGAUUCGUCGUGCAGCGGAAGCUCCCGAAUACUCGUUAAUUGUAAUUGUGACCAAAUUGAUAAAAUUUUUCG